AUACUUUUGUGUUAUGGUUACGCCAACCCAAUUCCUGACAACAGUUACCUCCCUUGGUCCAGGCCGUGUCGCGCACUCCCGUCCCACAAUGAUGUCACAGGACAGAAUUCCCAUUCAUCGUCUCUUUCCAUGAACGAGUUGACAACAUCUAUUUACAUUUUGACCUCGGAGGCCUUAGACGUGGCGCAGACACUGAGAGAUGAAAUUUUUCAGCACCGGCUCAACUCCAAUUUACGAAUGGCAUAUUACUUUGAAACGUUUCACCACAACAACUUCCCCAUUCGACAGGACGUUAUCGAGUGGACACACACUGAACAUACAGGAGACGUUUUGAGAGAACACUACCGCCAUGUGUCCUUCCUUCUUGCCUUCCUUGAACUCACCAAGGAGAGCAGCACAAGUUCCUCCUACAGUAGUGACGGAGUUCUUCAACAUGUCAAUAAUCUGGAGGAGAAGUUAUACGAGUUACUUUGUCACAUGAUGACAACCUUAAAUAACCUCAAUGUGAGGGUUGGCAGUCACGUGACUAGAAGCGAGAUUCCCGAGCAGUUGCGCGAGAUUACCAGUGUAGCCGUCAUCAACAGUCGGGACUUCAUCAUCGCAAAGGAUGCGGUUCACUUUUUAUCAGGACUGAAAGAAAGUCAUUCUUUGAUGCGAUCUGGUUACCAAUAGUUCAGUUUUUUAUCAAUUAUGUCACGUGACAAUUCAGAGUCUCGAGCGCAUUAAUGCGACAUGUACUAGAGACGAGAUUCCUAAUUCAACCAUUCCUCCUCCGGAUCCUUUAAUCAGUUUAGGAGUUCCCGUCCGUCCGUCAUAGGGGAACUGCUAAA